AUGCGCUGGGUCUCCAAGCUCCUGGCCCUAGCGGCGACGGGUGCAUUGGGGACACAUGCCUUGGAGGCCUCGAUAUUCACGUUCCCUUCGGGCAACCAGGAAGACCGAGACACCAUCUCGGUACACCAGACCGUAUCAGAAGAUGCUGCUCGGCUUAUUCUCGAGCUUCGCAUCAAGCCCUCUUUGGGGUCGGUCCUUGGGAAGGUUGAAACAGACAUCGUGGAUCGCAUCAACGAGUUUUCUGGCACCCAACACUCUCUUUUCGGAGGAUCCAGCGACCAUGAAAUACCAAGCAGGAGUAUCAUAAUUAUUGAAGGAGUCGAUGAGGCUGUUGGUACAAAUAUGCGAAAAGGGCAAGUGCAAAGCAUUUUCGUUCCUCAUGCGUCGUCAGAUCUGGUUGAUGAUUCACUGGGGUCUUUUCUCGGCCAUGGUGACGUGAAGAAACGCUGCGCAUACGAUCAAGGUGCUGUGACGUCGGAGACGGACUAUGUUCAGUCUGCGAAAGAAUGCAUCUCCCAAGACCCAGUUUUCUCCCACGGACAGACGCUAUUCAGCCGUGACUUUCUUAACCUGGUCGACUCGGUGGAAAUCUGGUCAAGCAAGGACCAAACAUCAACCGUCGCACGGCUAUCGCUCAAGACCAGAUCCGAUGAUGGCGCGCUCGUAGUCCAGUCCAUCAAGUCUCUCUUCCACGAUUUGGACAAACUGGCUUCGUCGGAAAGCCGGGAUAUCACCGCUUUUUUGCUGCCUAAUUCCGAUGCCUCGCGAGACAUUUCGCGAAUCGCCCAGCGAGACACGUCCACUUGGUCUCGAUCACCCGCGUCUUCAUCUGAUGCCCAGGGCACGCUGCGAAAGUCUGCACAGGGCCUAGCUAUGUCCUCGGUGCUUGCACCUGUUUGCCAUGCCUCCAACUCGUCUUGUUCCGAUGCAACCAACAACUGUUCUGGGCAUGGCCAUUGCUAUCUCAAAUCCGGAUCUGGUGUUGAAGGUACUACGGAUAACUGCUAUGCGUGCCGUUGCCAAACUACUGUGCGCACCAAAAGCGACGGCUCUACACAGAAAAUCUACUGGGGUGGUCCGGCGUGCCAGAAGGAGGACAUCAGCUCGCCCUUCUUCCUGAUCGCUGGCGUGAGCGUUUUGGCCAUCGUCUUGGCGGGCAGCGCCGUUGGGAUGCUUUUCAGCAUGGGGCAAGAAGAACUCCCGAGUGUGAUCGGUGCAGGGGUCGGGGGUUCGAAAGCACAGAUGUAA